AUGGGCGGCGGGCAGAACCACCGUUCCGUCCGCAGCAGCAGCGGGGGAAGCAGCAGCAGCAGCAGUAGCGUCGCUGCCAUGGGGGAACACCACCGGGGACCGUUCACCACGCCGGGCCCAGUACGAGGGAUGCUUGUGGUGUUGGACGACCCGCACAGGGUGUUUAGACCCGCGGAGUUUAUUGAGGGACAACUUGUCGUCGAGAUCAGGAGGGAUCUCGCGAAUGUGAGGAUACGGCUGGUUUUGUGUGGGGAGUGUAAAGUGAGGCCGCCAGCGGCACCGCUGAGGGGGUCUCGAGUGAACACGUUCCUCGAGAGGGCGACGUUCUUGUCCGGUGGCGGGUACACGGACGAGCAGUGGGCCACGGCGGCGGCGGCGGACCAGGGGACCCCAUUGAAUGGGCUCUCUAAGGGCACACACAGGUUCCCCUUCCGCGUGAAAGUGCCGCAGAAGGUGCUGUCCAGCUCAAUUCGGUUUGAGAGAGGGUCCGUCGCGUACUUCAUACGGUGCGAGUUGGAAACUUUGCAGAAUGGGAUCCUCCCAGAGACAGUUUCCUUUUGCGCGCAACCGUUCCAGUUGCUCCGACCGGUAGACGUUCAACCCUGGGAGAAGGGUAGGUCCAAGAAAGUGGUUCUGCAGAGUGCAGGGAUGGUAAUGAAGCGCGGCACGCAGCAGGAGAUCGCAGACGCGACUUCCUCGACGUUCACCACCAUGUCGAGAGGUCUCACGGUGCAACAGCAGCCGCACGACAACGCAGAUAAGACAGUACAGAUCACGGCCACGCUCCCGCACACGGGCUACGCGAUCGGCGAAACCAUCCCCGUGACCGUCAACGUGGACCAUUACAAGGAGUACUACCACAGCGCUGGGAUCAUCGUCACACUCGUACGAAUAUGCAGGGUCAAGCAGGGCCAGUCCAUGGAGACGUUCCGUAAGGACAUAUGCCAGAACAUAGUGACGCUGCACGUCGACGCGGCCUCCGGGUUCCGUUUCGAGGGGACCGUCCCGCUGAAGGUGCCGCUGGACGCAUUUGCUACGUCAACGGCUACGGCGAAAUGGUUUACGUUCCAGUACUACGUCGAGGUCAUGGUCAACCUCUCCCGCAAGAACCUCGUAUACACAGAGUCCAACAAGCUCAUCGGCGGUCACGAACGCGGGGGGUCCGAAGUGGGCUCCUAUAGUGGCAGCGGCAUUGCACACGGGAACUUACACAAGAAAGUGCUCCAAUUGAUCGGUGCGCCCGCGGACGUUGGGCCUAUUGCCAGUGCAGUGACACCCACGCCAGCGCCAGCAUCAAUAGACGAGCCGAGCAUCAAGUACACGGACAUGGUCAACGUCGAGGAACUCAAACGACUGCGUAACGUUACGGGGAUGUCCAUCGAGAUAGUCGUUGGUACGACGCGCCGUACAAAACCUCUGCCGAGCUUCAACGAGUGGAUGACCCUCGACGGCCCGGUUGGGGACGCCGUCCCAGAGUACACGCCGAACCUGCAGUUUACAGCACAGCAGGGUGACGAUAAGCGCGAGCUCGAGGCCCAGAGACUACACGAACUGGAGAGCGAGCCGGCGGACUACUGA